AAUAGAAACUUAAUAUUUGGUCGAAAUUUCUGACUGUUUUAGGACGCUAAUCUAACAUGGUACACAAACAAUCCAGAUCUAACAGAAUGCUUCCAAAAGACGAUAUUAGUAUGGGUGCCAUGUAUAUUUUUGUGGGCGUUUUCGGCGAUGGAAGCGUAUUACUUUUUAAAUAGCAAAAGGAGAAACGUCCCAUACACGUGGUUAUUUAUUUCUAAGCAAGUACUUACAGUAGGAUUAAUUUUACUCUCCAUAGUCGACUUAGGAGUGGCGAUACACGCAAGUACUUAUCGUACGGUCCACAAUGUUGAUUAUUGCACACCCAUUGUAAAAAUUGUUAGCUUUACGUUAGCAUCGACUUUAAUGCAAUACAAUAGAAAACAUGGAAUGCGGACGUCAGGUCUUUUAUUCCUGUUUUGGUUUUUCCUUACAAUAUGUGGAUGCGUCCAAUAUAGAAGUUUUGUAAACGAAUUCAUUAAAGGGGCAGAACCGACGUACCCAUUGGUGUCUUAUAUGAUCUACUAUCCGAUAGUAGUGAUAUUGUUUGUACUUAAUUUUCUGGUCGACGCAGAGCCUAAAUUCUCUGAAUAUCCUACGGUUGAAUCGCCAUGUCCAGAACAAAGUUCUUCUUUCCCUUCGAGAAUGAUUUUCGCGUGGUUCGAUUCCUUAGCAUGGAAGGGUUUCCGAAAACCGCUCGAAACGUCCGAUUUGUGGUCCAUGAAUCCAGAGGACAUGGCCACGGAGAUCGUGCCGAAAUUUGACAAAUACUGGAAUAAGAACUUGAGAAAGACAGACGAGCUGAUUUGGACUUACUUUAGAGUAGAAAGUGCAAAAGCGUCGUACCGAAAAGCAUCCGGACAAGUGGACUUUAACAGUGGUCGGAAAAAGAAAAUCGCCUCCAUCUUACCACCUAUCUGCAAAGCUUUCGGAGCGACGUUCAUGUUCGGUGCAUUCCUGAAACUGAUUCAAGAUGUUAUGACUUUUAUUAGUCCACAAAUAUUAAAGCUUUUGAUUGAUUUUACCGAAGGAGAGGAGCCAAUGUGGAAAGGAUACUUUUAUUCUGCAUUACUUUUAGUUACGGCAAUACUUCAGACGCUGGUAUUAUCACAAUAUUUUCAUCGUAUGUUUUUGGUCGGGCUGCGUAUACGUACUUCACUAAUCGCGGCGAUUUACCGCAAGGCGUUGAGACUGUCAAACGCGGCGAGGAAAGAAACCACGCUCGGCGAGAUAGUGAACUUGAUGUCCGUAGACGCUCAAAGAUUCAUGGACGUAACCGCGUACAUAAACAUGAUCUGGUCGGCACCCCUGCAAAUAGCCCUAGCUUUAUAUUUUCUCUGGAAUAUAUUAGGGCCGGCUGUAUUCGCUGGUUUAGCAGUUAUGAUCAUUCUUAUUCCUGUGAACGGAUUGAUCGCCAACAAAGUGAAGACGUUACAAAUCAGACAGAUGAAGUGCAAGGACGAGAGGGUAAAGUUGAUGAACGAAGUACUUAACGGUAUCAAAGUGUUGAAGCUCUACGCAUGGGAACCUUCAUUCGAACAGCAGAUACUUGAAAUUAGAGUCAAGGAGAUUCAAGUGUUAAAAGAAGCAGCGUAUUUGAACGCUGGUACGAGCUUUAUAUGGUCAUGUGCACCCUUUUUGGUAUCUCUGGUAUCUUUUACAACUUAUGUACUUAUAGACGAAAAGAACGUCCUAAAUAGUACAAUUGCCUUCGUUUCGCUCAGUUUGUUCAACAUCUUAAGAUUUCCACUGUCCAUGCUGCCUAUGAUGAUUGGUAAUAUAGUUCAAGCUUACGUCUCUGUAAAACGUAUUAAUAAAUUUAUGAAUAUGGAGGAACUGGAUCCUAACAAUGUACAGCACGAUCCGUCCGAUCCACACGCGUUAGUAAUUGAAAACGGUAGCUUCUGUUGGGACAGCGAAGAAAUCGAGAGACCAAUACUACGAAAUAUCAAUUUCCAUGUAGAACAAGGUCAAUUAGUAGCAAUAGUUGGUACAGUGGGAUCAGGCAAGAGUUCCCUUCUAUCCGCUCUGCUUGGCGAGAUGGACAAAUUAAACGGGAAAGUAAAUACAAAAGGGUCAAUUGCAUACGUCUCGCAGCAAGCGUGGAUCCAAAAUGCCACGUUGCAGGACAAUGUUUUAUUCGGAAAGGCCUUGAACAAAUCAGUAUAUAACCGUGUGAUUGAAGCAUGUGCAUUGACUCCGGAUUUCAAAAUGCUACCCGCGGGUGAUCAAACGGAGAUCGGGGAGAAAGGCAUAAAUUUGUCCGGCGGUCAAAAACAGAGAGUAGCCUUAGCUAGAGCUGUAUAUAACGAUUCGGAAAAUUAUUUCUUAGACGAUCCUCUGAGCGCAGUGGAUUCGCACGUAGGAAAACACAUUUUUGAGAAAGUGAUAGGUCCGAAUGGCCUAUUGAGGAAGAAAACUAGAAUACUUGUUACGCAUAGCAUCACGUACUUACCAGAGGUCGACAACAUUAUUGUUCUUAAAGACGGUGAGAUAACAGAGAGUGGAACCUACAAACAAUUACUGGAGAAAAAAGGCGCUUUUGCCGAAUUCUUAGUACAGCACUUACAAGAAGUUGGAAAUCUGCACGUUGAUGACGGUUCUGAAGCAGAUUUACGCGAAAUUAAACAGCAGCUCGAAUCAACAAUGGGAGCGGACGAGCUACAACAAAAGUUAACUCGAGUACGGUCCAGAAUAUCCGAAAGUCUAAGUGAAUCCGGUUCUGUAACCGAUAGAAAAUCACUUAAUGGUUCUUUGACAAGGCAAUACUCGACGGAAAGCCAGCAGUCGGCGAAUUACGUGCAUAGCAAUAGUACAAAGGAGAAAGAAGCAUUGAAGCCUAACAACGUCGGAGAAAAGCUGAUAGAAAUCGAGAAAGCCGAAACUGGAAGCGUAAAGUGGAAAGUAUACUCUCAUUACUUGAAAUCCAUUGGAUGGUUCUUAUCGAUAUCGACGAUUGUGAUGAACGCGGUCUUUCAAUCGUUCAGCAUUGGCUCGAGUGUCUGGCUCAGCGUUUGGUCGAAUGAUAAUUCCGUUAGGAAUGACACAAUAGAUACGGCGAAGCGUGAUAUGUACCUCGGAGUAUACGGUGCACUUGGUUUCGGUCAAGCCACUUUUGUAGUGCUGUCGCAGACAGCGUUGGUUAUCGGCUGCCUACGGAGCAGUAAACUAUUGCAUUCCGAGUUAUUAUUUGCCAUGCUACGAUCACCUUUAGGAUUCUUUGACACUACGCCGUCCGGCAGAAUAUUAAACCGUUUUGGGAAGGAUAUUGACAUAAUAGACAACGUUUUACCUCCAAGUAUUAGGGCUUGGUUGUUUUGUUUAGCAUCGGUGAUAGCUACUCUCGUUGUCAUAAGCUACAGUACACCUAUAUUUAUCGUGGUGAUACUGCCAAUAGGCGCGAUUUAUUACUUUAUUCAACGUUUUUACGUUGCAACGUCACGCCAAUUAAAACGAUUAGAGUCCGUGUCGAGAUCUCCUAUAUAUUCGCAUUUUAGUGAAUCGGUAACUGGUGCGCAAAUAAUUAGAGCGUACGGUGUACAAGAACAAUUUAUUCAUGAAUCUGAAAAUAAAGUAGAUUUCAAUCAAGUGUGUUACUUUCCUAGCAUUAUUGCAAACAGAUGGCUGGCCGUGAGAUUGGAGAUGGUUGGAAAUUUAAUUAUAUUCUUUGCAGCAUUAUUCGCUGUUUUAAGUAGAAAUACCAUGAGUUCAGGUCUCGUUGGUCUGUCGGUCAGCUAUGCCUUACAAAUUACCCAGACCUUAAAUUGGCUGGUGCGCAUGACGUCUGAUGUCGAGACUAAUAUCGUCGCUGUAGAGAGAAUAAAAGAGUACAGUGAGACCGCACAAGAAGCGCCAUGGAAGAACACAGAAUACACGCCUCCGAAAGAGUGGCCUAAGCACGGUCGCGUCGACUUUAAGAACUUUAAAGUUCGCUACAGGGAGGGAUUGGAUCUCGUGCUGAACGGCCUGACAUUCAGCGUUCUCGGGGGCGAAAAGAUCGGCAUAGUAGGCAGAACCGGCGCUGGAAAGUCGUCCUUGACAUUGUCGCUCUUCAGAAUAAUCGAGGCCGCCCACGGAAAGAUUUUGAUCGAUGAUAUCGAUAUUUCUAAGCUAGGUCUUCACGAUCUGCGCUCGAGAUUAACCAUCAUUCCUCAGGAUCCUGUAUUGUUCUCCGGAACGCUAAGGAUGAAUCUGGAUCCUUUCGAUUGCCACUCCGACGAAGAAAUCUGGAGAGCGUUGGAGCACGCUCAUCUGAAAUCAUUUAUAGAAAACUUGCCAAACGCUCUUUUACAUGAAGUUUCUGAAGGUGGAGAGAAUUUAAGCGUAGGGCAACGACAGUUGAUCUGCUUGGCGAGAGCGUUACUUAGGAAAACAAAAGUUCUCAUAUUGGACGAGGCAACAGCCGCGGUUGAUUUAGAGACGGAUGAUUUAAUUCAGACUACAAUCCGCCAAGAAUUUAAGGAUUGUACAGUUCUCACAAUAGCCCACAGGCUCAACACUAUUUUAGAUUCUGACAGGGUGAUCGUAUUGGACAAAGGUUUGAUCGUUGAAUAUGAUUCUCCGGAAGUGCUACUUCGCAAUCCAUCUAGCUCUUUCUACAGUAUGGCUAAGGACGCAGGUCUAGCUGCUUAAGCAAAGAAAGAAAAAGAAUUCAUAUCACGUAAUGAUUUUUUUAGCGCCUGUAUUCGCAUUAUUCGCGAGCCAACGUUAAAGUAAGCGACAUGCAUGGUUGCGUUCGAAAACUUUACUCGGAUGCACACCGCGUCAUUCUAUCUUUGUUACGUACUAAAAAUUGAACAAGGACAGAACGAUGCUGAUGUGCACCCGAGUGAAGUUUUUGAACGCAGCUCAGAAAGCCAUAAAACAAAAAAAGCGCGUAGCCUUAGCAUUAAUUUGUAUAGUGAAAUAUUUCUAUGAACAAGCGAGAACGUUUGAUGUAACCGACUGUGCAAGUACGCUGAAUUAUCGUCAAAAUUGUUGCCAGAUUUUAUCCUGUGACGAAUAAUGAUUUCUCGAUUGCACUGUCGAUUAUUAUCAAACCUUAUAUAUCCUAGAAAUAAGUAAUGAGGUCUUUCAUUACGAGCAAGCAAUGCGACACAUCUCGUUUCUAAAUUAUCGUCGAUAUCCGAUAUCCAACUUUAACUAGGCAGUGAUCGAGUGGAUUCCUAUAAUGAAUAGUACGUCAGCAUUUUGAUAAAAGAAAAUCAAUUAAUUAUUUUUUGCAAUGCACUUUGUGCCCUUCUUGAAAAUAAUCUGUAUAACUUAGAGUGCAAUUAACGUACUUAAAUUAUAAACGUUUUUACACAACAUUACGGCAGCUUUUUUAAUUUACACAUUUCUAGAGCAACAGCAUUUGAUUAAUAUUGCAUAUGUAAUAAUUAAUAUUAUAUUAAAUCAAUAUUAUAUCAAUAUUAUAUUUAAUAUUGAUACAAUGAUAUUGUAUUAUAUCAUUAUAUGUUAUUAAUUAUAAUUUAUUAUACUUACGGAAUGUAAUAGUGUCGGAUAAUUUUUAAGCAAAUAAUAUUGGUUUGAAUAGUAUUUGCGAGCCAAGGUUUUGGGAAUAUGUUCCCAAAAUAUUCAGUCAAGCAAUAGGAAUUUUUGCACCUGAUAACUUUCGAGUUAAAUUACGCCAAUUUGAAUUAUAGUUUCGAUUUUACUAAAGUAAGACUAUCAACAAAUGUGUGUACAGUAAUCGAUAAAAGUGCGUGUUCAUUCAGAUUAUAAAAAGAAGAGGAAUGAGAACAAAAAGUUGACCGUGAUUAUUCCAAAUAACCCAUCAAUUUAGAGCUUUAAAAUACCGUUUUGAGCUCUAGAAUCUGUUCUCACAAUUACUGCUUUUAGCAUUUGGGAUGUGUUCUCUAGAUUUGAGUGCACAAUUUGGAUUUCUUUUCCAUGAACUAUAUCGUUCACUUAAAAAAGUGCAUUUUUAUUUUCAUAUUUUUCUGUAACAUAUGACAAUCAGUCGCAAUAUUAACAUUAUUUAUUGUUACUUUGUUAAAUUACACACACACGCACAAAAUGUUAAUAGAUCUCGAUUGAGGUGUAUUUUAAUCUGACAUUUGCUGAAUGCUUACCUUAUUAAGAAACUGGAUACAAAUUAAUUUUAAACCGACAUUCAGUACCACUUAUACGUAACGUAAUAUUUUAUUUUUAUAAAUCACUUGUUGAUGCGAAUAAUAACGUUGCAAUGGCCGUUUUAAUUUAGUACACAUUUUGUAUGCAGCAAAAGUAUUUAGGAAAGUAAUGCAAUAUCACAUUUUAUUGUAUAUACUCUAUCUCUUUAUAAAGUGUCAUGUAUGUAUUACCCAAAGUAUAGUUAUGACAUUUGUGCCUAUUUUACAAAGAACAAAGAGAAAUCGCAUUUAUCGAAAAUUAUAUAUACUACAUAAACUUUAAAACUAUAACUCGCGUAUUUUAUUUCUUUUCGCGUUUGAUCGCGUUCAUAGGUAAAUCAUAAUUUAGACUCUUAAACUAGUAUUUACUAUUUUGUAUAGCAAUCGUAUAUGUACUUAGAUUUGUAUAGUAUUUUAAUCUCUUUAAUAUCUUAUAUUAUCAGAUUAUCAUUGGAUAAUUUCGAGAGUACUUACAUUGCGUUAAACUUGCCUUUUAUUUGCCACUCUAUUUGUAAAAAUAAGGCUGCUGAAAAUGAGAUAAUUAGAAGUCAUUCUACAAUCGCCUAGUGCCCUAUUAAAGUUCCAUCAUUUGGAAAUAAUAAUUUUUAAUAUUUGUGAAGAAAGAUAGACGGCUCGUAUGGCCCUUGAAAAAAAAGCAGUAGCCACUAAACUUAUAACAGGAAGAAAGUGAUGUUUGCCAAAUGUAUCCGAGAUACAAAUGUAAAAGUCAAACCAAGUUAACCAAGUUUCGUCAGCACUCAAUGCAAUUUACGUAAUAAACUUGAGCUUUCUUUCACAAAACUACAAGCAGAUCUGGUGUAAUUACCAAAUCGUGACCAGAAAAUACUUCCGUACCCUACUGUAAGUUCUAAAUUUAGCGAGAGAUCUUUGUUCGCAAUUUUAUUAGUAAGGUAUAAUUUAAAUCAAAAUUUAAAAAAGCCGUUUGGUUAAACUGUUAUACGGUAAUUUACAUUUUUCAUCAAAUAUUAUUGGAAGUUUUGUUUUAUGAUAUUUGACCCUGCGUUAACGUGUUUAUAUAAAACUUUCGUUAUUAAUGUUGCUUACAUAUCGAACAUACUUCCAAUCUGUUUUUUGUGCGAAGUUAGAAAUCUGUCUUGCCAUUCAUAAAACUACCGAUAUUAAUACAAUAAGAUAUUAUUUUAAUUCUUGACUAACUCUUUCGAACUUAGCAAUGUAAUAAAUUACCGUGUCGGAUGUGUGUUCAUCAAAUUGGAAUGAAAAUUUACGGAUUCAAUGUUCAAGGUUUGUUUCGAAAAUCUGACUCGAAAGAGUUACGCAAGUAAUCAUUUUCCACAAUUAUAUGUUGCGAAGAGAAAAUGCGGAAUUAUAUUUUGACGCGUAUUAUUUCCAUUGUUAUAUAUAGAUUAAACCACGCAUUAAAUAUCUUUUAACUUUUUACUUAAAAAUUACGCUCGUGGCUUCAGUUAAGUUACCUUUCGUUUUUAGUAGCAUGCGUAUCGCCGAACCGAAUUUUUCGUACCUCGAACACAAAUAGCGGCGAUGAAUUGUAUGUACGUCCCUCUUUUAGCAGUUUUUUUUUUUAAUCGCAUUCUGAAGUUUUUACGAUAUCGGUGUUAUGCAGAUAUUAAAGCAGCAAAGACAUGUAAACGGUAAUCUUCAAUCUGUGUUUCAAAUUGUAAUACACGUUUCUCAUUCGUUAUGUACCUUAUAUAUAUAAUACUAAGCAUUAAAAAAGAAAGCUAAAAAGAGCCAGGGAAUAAGCUCUACUAUAUCGUAAUCCGUAUUAUACACGCGCAUGCGGAAGGAAAAGUGCCUUCUUGUAAGAACAAAAAAAAAGAAAAAGCAGGAAACUAACGUACCGUUUAUAACGUACAUUUAGAAAUUUAUCAAUCUGUAUAUUUAAUUUUCUUUUCUAGCAUGCUUCUCUCUUUCUAUAUAUAAUCUAAUAAGUGUAAAAUUUGGUGUAACUCCAGUUGUUAUCGCCAUCUUGCUACGCGCAAUUUAAUACAUAAUAUUUGCAUACAAGAUAUUCGGUUUCUCGUUGACAGAGGGAAAUAUAACGGGGUUCAACUUGAAUGAAACUUGCAGAUAUGGACAGGUAUACGACAGGUAUUCUUUUUUUUUUAUGUGAGCGACCAACGCUCGUCGAUCUUGAGCACAUAAGUUUAUCGAGCACACACAGUCGUUUUACGUAAAUUUUGUAAGUUCAUGUAUAUCGCGCUUAAGAUGUAUAUAGUAAAGAUAACAACUAGGAGGAAUCAUCUAUAUUUAUUAUAAACGAUAAUUUUUACAGUCUAAACGGCAUCGGCGCGUCGUGUUAAUAAUACGUACGACUGCCGUGUAUCUCUAUUCUCGAAUACUCUCAAUUUUCCAGAGUGAUGCUGCAGAAUAUCUCCGCGACCGCACGUAACGACCUUAGCCCGAAGAGCCGCGUUUAAAACCUUGGCAUCGCAAACCUUGGCGUGCGGUGAUGCUCACAAAUUACGCUACAAACCAAUCUCAUUCGGAAACAAGUACUUAUAUUACUUAUAUUACGGUAAUGGAUAUGUAAUGUACAUUGUCAAAAUAUAGACAGUAAGUCGGCGGUAGAUAAUUAUAUGACUACUCUAACAAAAUAUAAAAUAUAACAUUAAA